CUUGCUGCUGUCAGAUAAGCAGUGCUCAGGAAGGAGUCAAACAGCGGCAGACAUGAAGUGCCAGAGAAAGUGGAUUUUUCUCCAAGUCACGCUUAUGUCAGUCUUCGUACUCUACUUAACCACUGUGUUCUUGAAGAUGAAACAUGUUAUGGGGAGUUUUCCAGAAAUAAUGAAACCAAAGAAUCAGCAGGACCUGCAUAGGAUAAUUCAGAUACGAACAAUUGAGAAGCGGUUAAAUCCAUUCUCAGGACGCGUGGAAAUAAAUAUGACUGAGGUCAUCAAAACCAUACAAGAUUUGCAAAACCAUCCUUGGGAAUUCAACAUCACCAAGUUAAAAGUGCACAGCUCAGAGCUCAGACAAAAAUGCAAUGCCACCCGAGAGAUGAUCCUCAGCCAAGAGAACACCAGAAAAGGGCAAAAAAUUACUUAUGAAGUGGAAAGGAAAUCAGUAAAGUCUGUUGAUGACAGCCUAUUCCAAAUGCUACCUAAGACAUUCCCAUGGAGCAGUUACUUGGGUCAUUGUGCACUUGUUGGAAAUGGCGGUAUUUUGAAGGGAAGCAGGUGUGGGAAACAAAUCGACAAAGCAGACUUUGUCUUCAGGAUGAAUAUGCCACCUAUGACGAACACAACAGACGUGGGGAGUAAGACAAGCAUGUUGACUUUGAACCCCUCAAUUAUGAAAAAGUUUGCCAGUCUGAAUUAUGCCCGCAGGCCAUUUGCUGAACAAAUGAAGCAGUAUUCUGGAGCCUUUGUUCUAAUGCCAGCGUUCAGUUACUCUCAGUGCACCGUCCCCUCCUUCAAAGUCUAUUACACUCUUCAGGAGUUUAACUUUCAGGAGGUUUUCUUUCUGCAUCCUGACUAUCUACUGCGCCUUUCAAACUACUGGAAACAGAAGGGGCUGAAGUUCUUUCGGCUGUCAUCAGGGAUGAUGCUGGUCAGUGCAGCACUGGAACUCUGUGAAAGCAUCACACUUUAUGGCUUUUGGCCAUACUCUUUUGACCUUUCUGAACAGCCUCUCUCUCAUCACUACUAUGAUAACGUCCAGCCAAAAGGCAAUGUGCAUGACAUGCCGACUGAGUUCUGGAUAUAUACACGGAUGCACCUGGAAGGCGUGCUGAAGUUGCAUCUUGGAAACUGCUGAAUGUACAAAAGAGACAAAGACAACAAACCUGUAUUAAGACUUUGAAGAUGAAUUUUUAUAUUAUGAGAUAUUCUUUAAGUUAUAAAAUGACAAUACUUAAGGGUAACUAAAUGAAAAAAAGAUUUGUUGUUGUUAUCCAGAGACUGGACUAUGCUUCUAAUAACACCCAGAUUUGUCCGUUUGUUUUCAAAAAAAAUACUUGUCUGUUAUGUGCUUAAGUAUUUAUUUAUCAUGAUCAAUGGUGCUACUGACAUCAGCAUUACUAAACCAAAAUACUUAGAAACUAAAAAAAUGGGUCUACCUCCAUGGAACACUCCUAUCUUUUCAUUCUUCCUCUCUUUCCCUCUUACAUGUAGAACUUCACCUCUUCUGUCCAGCCAGUUUUGUUAAGUGGGCAGGCUUCUCUUUUAAAUUCAUUUUGAUGUCAACCUGGAGAGACCACAUCU